CUGUAGCUGGCAGUCCCGCUAGAGUAGAGAGGCGCCUGCGCCCAAGAGCGGGUUGUGAGUGGGGCGGCCUAGCGGGCAGGCGCGGGGCCAGGCCAAAGGACUGAACCCGCAGGAGCGUCACGGGCGCCGGGGCGGCUGCAGACGGCGGGCCUGGGUCAGUGAGAAAUCCCCGGGCCCCCGCCCUGCCUGCUACUCCCAUCCCCACCUGGUGCGCGCCCCACGAGGGAAGACCCCCAACUGGGUCUCAUGCCUGCCCUCGGGGUGGAGCCGGCAGGUUUUCGAUCAGAUGUUUCCACAUAAUAAUGCUGGAGUUAAGAAGUUUCCAUUCUUUUGCUGCAAACCAGAAGACUCUGUUUCCUGUAUAUAGAAUGGGAGUAAUGUUUGAAAACAACUGGCUGGUGUUUAAAAUUGAAGAUUCUUGUGACUGUUUGUCCUAAUUCCAAUGCUGAAGUAAGAUUGUCUUGGAAAUACUAAUUUGGGGUAAUCCAAAUCUUCCGGAACCAUGAAAAUUUUGCUGGUUUUUGACUUUGACAAUACAAUCAUAGAUGACAAUAGUGACACCUGGAUUGUACAAUGUGCUCCAAACAAAAAGCUUCCUACUGAACUAAGUGAUUCUUAUCAAAAAGGAUUUUGGACAGAAUUUAUGGGCAGAGUCUUUAAGUAUUUGGGAGAUAAAGGUGUAAGAGAACAUGAAAUGAAAAGAGCAGUGAUAUCAAUGCCUUUCACUCCAGGGAUGGUGGAACUCUUCAACUUUAUAAGAAGGAAUAAGGAUAAAUUUGAUUGCAUCAUUAUUUCAGAUUCGAAUUCGGUCUUCAUAGAUUGGGUUUUAGAAGCUGCCGGUUUUCAUGACGUGUUUGAUAAAGUGUUUACAAAUCCAGCAGCUUUUAAUAGCAAUGGUCAUCUCACUGUGGAAAAUUAUCAUACUCAUUCUUGCAAUCGAUGCCCUAAGAAUCUUUGCAAAAAGGCAGUUUUGAUAGAAUUUUUAGAUAAACAGCUACAACAGGGAGUGAAUUAUACACAAAUUGUUUAUAUUGGUGAUGGUGGAAAUGAUGUCUGUCCAGUCACUUUUUUAAAGAACGAUGAUGUUGCCAUGCCACGGAAAGAAUAUACCUUGCAGAAAACUCUUUCCAGAAUGUCUCAAAAUCUUGAGCCUAUGGAAUAUUCUGUUGUAGUUUGGUCCUCAGGUAUUGAUAUAAUUUCUCAUUUACAAUUUCUAAUAAAGGAAUAAUAUGCCAGCAAUUGAAAA